AUGAUCGCCCGAAAGAAAAUAGCCAAGCGCAGGGGGAGGAGGAAUCUCUUCCAGCUGUACCUGAGCAUGCGGGGGGAGAAAUGCCAGAGGGACGGAGGGCAGAGGGAGGGAGGGCAGGAUGAUGCUCAUGGGGGGCAUCCCCAAGGGAUUCACUCAAACCACCAAGGUGGUGUCCACCCAAGCGAACAGCCCCACAUUUUGCAUCUAGAAAAACAGGUCAAAAUAAAGCUGGAGGAACAGUCUAGCUUACUCUCCAUAAAAGGGAUUGACAGAGUAGACGUCCAACAGAAAAAAGGAAAACAUUCAAUCAUCUGUAUUCAUUACAUAAAAAAUAUGUGCAUGAAAAAUUUGUUCUGUAAUUAUUUACACCAACUUAUCUAUGCAAAAAUACCAGCCUGUAAAAAUUUCCUCAAAAAUAAUUACUGCGCUGACAAAGUACGUGGGUCUUGUAUGUUCAGACACACACAAGAAAAUAUCAACCCAGGAGGGUCUGCAGAAAGUAGAGAUGAUUACUUAGAUGAUGUGUUGAAAUUCCUGUAUGAAAAAAAUAUCUGUGUGAAUUAUUUGCUAGGCUUUUGUAACUUAGGAUACAAUUGCAAAAAAGUGCAUAAAUAUAAAAGUAGGAAAUUUAUUAACCUUAUAAGUACCCUACCCAAGUUUUACUUAGACCACAUUUUAGUGAAUCAACGUUUGUAUACCCACCUGUAUAGCAAUCAGAAGAAGCUAUCCUUAGACAUGAGCAAGUUAAGGGAUGCCUUGAUUGUUCUUAGUGGGGAGAAGUACCAGGAGAAGGUACCUCUAUCUGUCAAUUCAAACAGUUCAAAAAAUGAGAAGGAAAAUAUCCAAACGGAUGACUUAUCUGGCAGCAGUAGACAUUACCAUCCAAAAGUAGGGGUUAGCGGAGGUACUAAAAAUUUGGAUGAUUUUUUCCCCCUUGGUGACAAUAUCACAAUGACCAGUCGAGAGAAGGAAAAAGGAUUCACACAAAACAACAGAGUGGGUACCAAUACAGACAAGAAGAAUCAAGAAAAUCUGAUGAACAUCCCUGGCAUAUAUGACAUAAAUAAUGAAAUAGUCCCAUGUGAAAAAAUAAAAAUUUUUAUAAUAAAAUGUAAUCAAAUUUCUCACUUAUAUUUAUCCAUUCUGUAUGGAGUAUGGGCUACGGGAAAAAACAACACGAGGAAAUUUAUCACCCUGUUCAAAGAAAAUUAUACCAUUAUAUUUCUUUUCUCCGUUAAUGAAAGUGGAGGGUUUCAAGGCUAUGCAAAGAUGGUAACUAUGCCUAUCAAAAAUUUGUAUGAAAAUUUAUGGGGACCUAUAACGAAGAGGUUGGGAGGGAAUUUUCGUAUCCAGUGGAUUAAGAUUGCCAAAAUUGACUUUGAUGCUUUUAAGAAUAUGAAGAAUCCGUGUAAUGAAAAUUUGCCUCUGAAAAAAAGCAGAGAUGGGACGGAGUUGCCUCUGAAUUUGGCUUCUAUCAUAUGUAAUAGGAUCUAUGCUUUACCCAGUGAAGACUUCCUAGCAGGCACGAUUUAUGAAUACAAGCGCCGGAUAAACCAUGCUGCCUUCUUUGAGAAUUUGCACAAACAGGGUUUACUCAACAGCAACACUGUGUGGGACAUGCGCAUAUUUAGCCUCAACCAGCAGUCCGACUGCGAGCGGAUUACCUUCGUCGACGGCACGGAGCAGGCCAUUGGGUAG